GAAUUUGCUGUUGGCGCUAGCAACUUGUGAUUGCUUAUUUCUGGUGUUCGCAACGAUGGAGGUAACACCGAGUAGUCUGUCGCCACUUCUCGCCUCCUCGUCCCUUACUGUUGUGUAUAUACAUUCGGCACUUUAUGUACGCAUGCUUGCUUCCACUUUUUACAAAUCUUCUGUUUUCCUCGUCCCCACGGCCAUAUUUUCCAGAUUAGUGGUGACAUUCAAUGUGGAACGGUAUAUCUGGGUCUGUCAUCCAUUAAGGGCCCAUGAUUUAUGCUCAAGUCGGGCAAGUCGAACAGCCGUGGUUUUCUGUCUGGUCAUAUCGCUGCUAUGCUCGUUACAGUGGCCAAUAUGCUACAGGAUUAGGCCUUGCUGGGAUUAUCAUCUUCGCCAGCAUUUCUAUGUUAUUGCUAUCAGUGAUAAUGCAAAUUUACAGGCAUACUAUCAGCUGAUGGAUUACUUAACGCUUGCCACAUUUAACGUUUUGCCAGUUGCCGCACUUUGUAUAUUGAACACUCAGCUAAUUAUUACUCUACGAAAAGUUGUUGGCCGAGACACGAUGGCACGUGGAAGUUUUGGUGCUGAUGACGAGGAUGUGGGCGGUGGUCAUCCGAGUGUCGCUGCGCACAACGAAGUGGUCACCGGGAGUACUCCACGAUGUAGCACAACUGCCGACAAUAGCGCCCUCAUUACGGAUGGCACCAGUGGUCACAGAUCCGCUGCUCAGAGGUUUAACGCAAACGCGAUGCUUUUCGCCGUGGUGUUGAUGUUGUUGGUAUGUGUCGGGCCGCAAGCACCGGCUCGGUUGCUCUUUGCGCACUACGAUCUACACAAAAUCGAAAGAUUUGCGGCUUAGGU